UAAAAAACAUCACCACUACCAAUGUACAGCCUGUAGUCAUAAGUAGUCAUAUGAUCAUUUAUCUGUUUUUUCACAACUUGGAAGUCAAAAAUUAUAAAUUUCUAAUUUAUAAAAAAACAACUUUAAAAAACAGUACAACAAAUAUAAAAAUAUAAAUUACAUAAAUUUGUUUAUAAUAAUAUAAAAAUGUUGAAGUUUAUAUUUUUAUUUGCAUUUGCAUUAACAUCAGUUUAUGCUGAUGGUGAAUUUGUGAUUCUUCAUAGUCCAACAAAUUUACAAUUUAGUGGUAAAUCAGAGCUAUCACAAAGUGAACUUAAAGAUGUGUUUAUUUCUGUUCUUGGUUAUUCAUCAAAAUCAUAUGCUAAACCAUGGGAUGGUUUAUCAGUUAAAGACUUUCUUCAACCACCUGAAGCAGUUGUAAGUAUUGCCAUUGAAAGUAUUGAACCAUUUUCAUUGAAUCAAGAGGUACGUUAUCCUCUAAAUGCUGAUGAAGAUGAAGAAACAACAUGGCAGGCAAUAUCAACACGUCUUCAUGGACAUGACAAUAAUAAUACACUUGUUAGAAUAAAUGCCAAUGAUGGAUUAAAAGUUCUUGGACACUCAGCAUUAUUUGGUCAAUUAACAACAAAAAAAAUUGACUUAAAAUAUUUGAACAACAAUAAUGAUAUUGACAAAAAAUUCAUUGAAGAAGUACAAGUUAUUCGUGCAAUUGCUGAAAGAGUUGAUACAACUGUCAAGGCUGAUGAUAAAACUGAUGUUUAUUGGUUUGUUGUAUCUGGUUUAUCAAAAAUCAUGAAAGAACAUGGUAAAAAUUCACUGCAUUACAAUGAAGCCAUACAAUUAUUAAAUGAUGCAUUGAAUGAAUUAUCAUCUAAAUUUAAAAAUGCAUAUAACAAUAAUGUAUUCAUUGCUGCAUUUACAAAUGAUGCACAAAAAACAUCUAAAAAUACAAGAUCACGUCGUGCUGUUACCUCAAGUCCAAUCACCAAAGAAUCAUCAACACAGCUAAACGAGGAUAGGAAUCAAGAGGAUACUAAAAAUAAUAGUAAUGAUGAUGAUGAGGCUAAAAGUAAUAAAGAAGAUGAUGAUGUUGAUAAAUCAGUUAGAAUUAAUGAUGUUAAUGAAACAACAACAACUGAAAUUAAUUAUGAUAAAGUUGAUAUUAUUUCAAGUACUCUUAAACCUGAAAUUAAAUCAAUGACUGGUAAAGAAAUCAUUAAUUUACCAGAUGAGAAUUCAAUGAAUUUGGCUCCAUUUUAUGCUGAAGAUUAUCCAAUUGUUUUUAAUAUAUUUCUUUGGUUUGGAAUAAUACUUAUAUUUUCGCUUCUUGCAAUUUGCAUUGCUAUCGCUGAAAUGGAUCCAGGCAGAGAUUCAAUUAUUUACAGAAUGACAUCAAACCGAAUGAAAAAAGAUAAUUAAUUUUUAAAAAAUAACAAAAAAUUGUCUUCAAAAAAAUCCCAUAAUCCCAGCACAAAUAUUAUCUGUUUCAUUAUUUUUUUUUUUUUUCUUUUUUUCUCCUUCAUGUACGCUCGUAGAUAAUUAAUAUCUAAAUAACCCAGUUUUAAAUUGUUAAAUAUCAUCGUUGUAAAUUAAAAUAUAAAUUAAAUGAUAAAAAAAAAAGAAAGAAUAUUCCAUUUUAAAUAAUUAAAAUGUUAUAUUUUGACAAAUACGUAACCAGUUAAAAAAUUUCAGUGACAAAAUUUUAUCAAGUUGACUGAAAAAUAAGAAAAAUUAGCAAAUUGUCGAGUAUUAUUAUUACUCUAUUUAAAAAACCUCAGUAAUAAUUGUUAUCAAUAUCUGAUAAUUGAUUAAAUGUAAAAAAAAAAUAAAUACUAUUGAUAAAAUAAGUAAAAAUUAAAAAAU